AUGCAAUUCUUAGAGCCAAUAGCCACAGUAUCGACUACAUGUUGGAAUUCUAUAUUUGUGCUUUUAGAGCGUCUAUUGUUGCUAUAUGAGUCUACGCUAUUACUUACAAAAAGGAUGAUUCAAAAUGUUGAUCGUGAAAUUCAUAAAGAUAGAAAGAAGCUAGAAACCUUAUUAUUAAAAAAAAAUAAAUUGUUAGGCCUUAAAGAACUUGUUUAUUUAUUAGAGCCUUUUGCGAAAGCAAUAUUUCUUAUAGCCAAUCAAUGGGAAGAUCCAGUAAUAGAAGGAUAUUUGGCAUCAAUUUUAGAUCCUAGUUUAAAAAUCUAG